CCUCAUGAUCCGAAAUUGAAGAUUAAAAAAAUGUUAAAAAGAUGAUGGAUCGCCGGAGUGUGGACUUUGUCAGCCCCACGAUCAUCCAUCAAAUUAAUUUAUUAAGGAAAAAAAACAAAAGAAAAUGGCGAUUUCGGGUCAUUUAUCGUCUCCGAACAUUUCGCGCUUUCACGAUCAUGCGUGCAUUUGCUGCUGGAGAUCGAAACCAUGGAUCACUGAUGAGGCUCACACGGAUACCGUCGGAUGCCAUGGAUCGAAGGAACAGUCAGCGUGUGGCAGUAUUAAUUAAUACAAGCGGCGUCCUCAUUUCAGGCAUUACACUGAAACGAGGCGGUUAUCGUUGAUAGCGUCGGCAAUGGAUCCCGCAAACAAAGUUAAGGGCACGAGCGGAAGAAUAGGAGGGAACAGGAAAAAGGCCGUAACCAAGUCUGUGAAAGCGGGCCUUCAGUUUCCGGUGGCUCGUGUAGCCAGGUUCAUGAGGAAAGGUCGCUAUUCUAAGCGUUUGGGCACUGGAGCACCGAUCUACCUGGCGGCCGUCCUCGAAUAUCUCGCCGCCGAGGUGCUGGAACUGGCAGGGAAUGCGGCGCGUGAUAACAACAAGCAGAGGAUCAACCCCAGACACGUGCUGCUUGCGGUGAGGAACGACGAUGAGCUGGCAAAGCUUCUGCAGGGAGUGACCAUAGCAAGCGGAGGAGUGCUGCCAAAUAUCAACCCGGUGUUGCUGCCGAAGAAGCCACCUCCUUCUUCUGCCGCUGACGACGAUGUGAAGCCCGAACAACAGUAGACCCUUCCAUCUGUAUAACUGUAUUUCACUUCCACUUUCUUUAAUUUGGGGCGGUCAUACAUGCUACGCACUGCAUUAAUGUAGCCGCCAAACUUCCUCAAUUUAUUUUCGGCAUAUGGCGUGGGCCUUCCGCGUUUUUUCCACCUCGAUUAGCAUUGAACUCCCCCAUGACUCCAUUUCAAAAUAAUCAUUACUUCAUACAAAAGUUACUUUACCACCUUUUUCCCACCAAUAAAAAUUUGUCUGAUUGCCAAUAAGUAUCACUUUACCAACUUGGCCAACGCUCCGCCCAGCAGCUAUUUAUUUUUGGUCAGUAAAAUUGCUCUAAUCCCAGUGAGCCCAAAAGCCCAACUCUCAGCCUCUGUUUAUAGCCCCCCGGGAAGGAAAGUAUAUUUUAGAAAUUUA